UCUCAGAUUAUCAUGGCGGCCGGAGGGGCUGGUGUGGAUGUGGGAACGGCUGCGACCCCUUUGCAGGGCUGGGAACGGGAAAGCGCGGCCAGAGAGGCGGCGGAAGGCGUGAAAGCUGGGACGUGCACCAUCUUAGAUGUUGUAGAAACCUUGGGAUCUCCUCUUGAGAAUGCAGACCCUCGGAUGCGUACACGAGGCAUCCAGAUGCUCUCCGAAGUCCUCCUGCAGUGCUAUUUCCUACUCCAAGAGCAGGAAGUGACCCAUCUUGUCUUGUUCUAUGAGAACCGGCUGAAAGAUCAUCACCUUGUCAUUCCCUCUGUGCUGCAAGGACUCAAAGCUCUGAGUAUGUCUGCAGUGUUGUCUCCAGGCCUGGCAGUGUCUGUUCUCAAAGCCAUCUUCCAGGAGGUUCAUGUCCAGUCUUUGCUGCAACUGGAUCGCCAUACAGUCUACAGUAUUAUCACUAACUUCAUGAGCAGCCGAGAGGCAGAGCUGAAAAGUUUGGGUGCUGAUUUCACCUUUGGCUUCAUCCAGGUGAUGGAUGGGGAGAAGGACCCACGCAACCUGCUAAUAGCCUUCCAGAUUGUCAGAGAUAUCAUUGUGAAGGGCUAUGUGCUAGGGCCCUUCGCAGAGGAGCUGUUUGAGGUUACUUCCUGCUAUUUUCCCAUCGACUUUACACCUCCCCCCAAUGAUCCUCAUGGAAUCCAGAGAGGAGACUUGAUUGUCAGCCUGCGGGCAGUGCUGACCUCCACCCCCGUGUUUGCUGAGUUCCUGCUCCCCUUGCUCAUUGAGAAAAUGGACUCUGAUGUACAAAGUGCCAAGCUGGACUCUCUACAAACCCUGAAUGCUGCCUGCAUGAUCUACGGACAGAAAGAACUGAAGGAAUUCCUCCCUAGCCUCUGGUCAUCCCUGCGCAGAGAGGUGUUCCAGACAGCAAGUGAGAAGAUUGAAGCAGAAGGUCUGUCCGCUUUGCGUGCUCUGUCAACAUGUCUGUCCCGCUUGGUGCUCAGUUCCGAUGAUGAUGAUCUGCUCGAUUCCUUUCUUAGAAGUGUUCUGCAAGAUUGCAGACACCAUCUGUGUGAGCCUGAUAUGAAGCUGGUGUGGCCGAGUGCCAAGCUCUUGCAAGCAGCUGCAGGUGCCUCUUUGCGGGCCUAUUACCAGAUCACGAGUGUCGUACUUCCCUUGCUGGUGGAACAGUAUACCAAACAUGUGCAGAGUAGCCAGCACAGGACAAUCUUGGAGGUGCUACUUGGUUUCUUGGAGUUGCGGCAGAAGUGGGGUCCUGAGGAGGAAGACAAGAGUCCGCUGCUUUGCUCGAAAGACUCUCUGUGUUCCAUGGUGUUCUCUGCCCUUAACGAGCCCAAUGUGCAGCUUCAAUUAGUUGGGAUCCGAACUCUGACCUUUCUAGGAUCACUACAAGGGCUCCUGACCCUCCCAGAUGUGGAGAAGCUUGUGGACCACCUUGCACAGUUCAUCCUGCAUGAGGAGGAUUCCCAAACCAGCUUAGCAGCUAUGGAGGCUGCUGGCACCCUGGCUCCUCUCUACCCAGAGGCCUUCAGCAGGUGCUUGGUUCGGAGGCUUUCAGAAGGGUUGUAUUCAGAACUUCAAGAGGGCAGCCCUCCGUCCCAGCAGGAACAUUGCUUGCAGGCCCUGGCAGCAGUGUCCACUCACCCCAGUAUAGUGAGGGAGACUGUUCCAGUCCUCCUGCAGCACCUCCAGCAGGUUCAGAAAGGCCAAAUGCCAGCAGACAUCCAGUCUGUGGUGUCUGUGUGCCAGAGCCUGCAGCAAGUGGCAUUGCAGUGCCAGCAAGAUGCUCAGAGCUAUUGGUACUUUCACCAGGCUGUGGUGCCCUGCUUGGUGGGCUUAGCAGUGCAGGCUGCUAUGCAAGAGAAUUCCCACACAACAGUAAGCAAACUGCUACUGAAGGAGGAAGCCUUAUCAGCCAUGGUACUGGUCAUCAGUGCUGCCUGUAUGCACUUAAGCCCAGAGCUGGCUGCCCAGAGUGUCUCCAAAGUGGUACCCCUCUUCCUAGACGGAGAGCUCUCCUUCCUGCCUGGAAACAGCUUUGCCAGCACUUUCCAGCCCUUCCAGGAUGGGCAGUGUCCAACGGCAAACCAGAGAAGACUUGUUGCUCUCCUCAUGGCCUUUGUCUGCUCGCUGCCAAGAAAUGUUCCAAUUCCUAAGCAGGACCGGUUGCUUUGUGAGCUGCUAGCCCUGAGCUGUUCCUGUGACUGCUCCUUCACUGCCACUUCUGCUGCCAAAUGCUUUGCAGGACUGGUUAACAAACAUCCAGCAGGGCCUGACUUAGAUCAGCUCUUGGGAAUAGCCGUGAACAAGCUGGAGCAAGGCCUGAAGGAGGGUCCCUAUCAAAGCCAGGCCCUCACUCUGCUGCUGUGGGUAAGUUUGUGCCAUUUUGCCCCAACCUCUCUGCAAGUAAUAGAGUUUAGUGUGCCAUUUUUCCCCCUGCAGGUGAGCAAGGCUUUGUUGCUGCGCUACCACCCACUAACCACACAACUGACCGACAAGCUUCUCGUGCUCUUAGGGGACACAGUCCUUGGCCCUGCAGUGGGCGAUGGCUUUGCCUUGCUCAUGGCCGACUCCCCGGAUGUGCUGGGCAAGAGCUGCCAUGCUGAGGUGCGCCUCAUGUUCCGCCAGCGCUUCUUCACAGAAUGCGUGCCACAGUUGGUGAAAGGUUUCCACACAGCUGCCCCUGGUGUGAAAGCAAAUUACCUGAAAGGCCUUUCUCACAUACUGAACCACCUGCCCAAGCCAGUGCUAGUGACAGAGUUGCCUACGUUGCUGCCUCUGUUGGUGGAAGCUCUGUCAUGUCCUGACCGUGUGGUUCAGCUAUCAACUUUGCACUGUCUGCAGCCAUUAUUGCUUGAUGCACCCCAUGUAAUGAGUCUGCAUAUUGACACGCUUGUGGGGAAAUUCCUCAGUUUGACCGACAGCCCUGCCAUGACAAUCCGCAUUUCUGCACUUCAGUGCCUCCAUGCACUUGCCUCCUUCCCCACGCCAGUGGUGAUCCCCUGCAGACCACGGGUAAUUAAGGCACUGGCCAAACCUUUGGAUGACAAGAAGCGGCUGGUGAGGAAGGAGGCUGUGACAGCACGAGGAGAAUGGUUUCUGCUCGGAACACCUGGCAGGUGAAGGUUCACAUUUCAAAUCCCGAUGGACAAUCUCACCUGCCUCUGCUCACCUGCCAAGCCAUCUGCCUGGAUGUCCUAGGGCCUCCGCAAGGCUCUAGGCAAACGUGGAGGACUUUUGUGAGCUGGCAGAACCCUAGCCACAAUCUCUGUAUCCGGUAGGAUGAAACAGCCAGCCCUAGUUCCUGCUGCAGCGCAGUAGUGCGUGGAGGUGGCAGGACCCACGCACACCACGCAUGUGGGGCCAGAAGAAUAAACAACUUGUUCGCUAA